CAGCCUCUCGUUCCGUCUAGGGGUGAUCGUGAAGGGCAUCGUGGCUUGGAGAGUCUCCGAUCCAAUCUGGCGGAGAGAAGGUUUGCAUCUCAUCUGUGUGGUUGGGGCUGGAUUUUUUUAGGCAAUAAAGCUUUUUUUUCACUCUGGCCGCUGUAAAAAGGUCUUGCCCGUCUCACACCUCUAAGUGGGUGUGGGGUCAUUAUGAUAGGCUGAUCACUUUGUGCUUGUUGUGGGGAUCAACGUCUUCUUAUGUUUGGAGAAUAUGCCGUGUCUUGGAGGGCCUCUCUCUUGAUUAUGGCUAAUGUCAGCAGUGGCUGAGAUUCACCAUGCAUGGUUUUCCUGCUUCUCCACUCCUAUCCAUUACAACAAAUCAAAGAAAAUUGUGCAACAUGCUGGUGGAGCAAUGCAUUUCACUCAUCAAGUUCUUUCUCAAGAUCAACCAAUAAAUUUUCCUGCAGGAUCUGCAAGUUCAAAUCCAAAGAUGGAUGACAAUAAUCUUUCAAACAUCAGUAUGGAGCAAGUCACCAGUCCAUCUUCUCAUGAAGGUUGCUGGAAAUCAGAAGAUUUAAAUAAUUAUUCUUGUCCUGAGGAUGGUAAAAGAAUUCCUCAGAUAACAUGCCUCAGAAAAAGUCAAUCUCUUGGAAAUGUAUCAGAUAAGAAUAAAGGUUUCCCUUGUGAUGAUGUCACUGAGGAUGAUGAGGUUGAUCAGAGACUUCGCUCUAAUGACAACAAAAUGAAGCGAUUUGGUAGUUCCUUCAAUAAAACUGGCCAGCAUCAGGAAAAUGGCAUUGCCGAAUCUUUUGAUUCAUUUGCUGACCCAGUGCAUCAUGAAUCCCUCUUCUCUAUUGCAAUUCUGGAACAAUCUGAUGGAGAACAGCAUGAUGAUGUUGGUGAACAGUCUGCUGACCAUGUUGACUCUGAACAUUUUGCAUCAGACAUACAUCCUGUGCUUACAAGAUCACAUUCUGUAACUAAUAUUGGGGUGAAUGAUUUCAAGUCCACUGGAGAUUCUCUGAAUUCUGAAUUGAUGGCGGGGCGAUCCAGAUCUUUUGAGAAUCUCUCAUCUGUAAGUGGUAGGAGGGUUGAGAUUUUAGAUCGUGAAGAAACAAGUCAUUCUGAAGUGGCUUGGCACAGAUGUAAAUCUGUGCUACAACCAUCCGAUGUGAAUGGACAAGGUUUGAUUUGCCAUGCAGAUUUAAGGGAAGAGUGUCAUUUCUCUAACACAAGUGGCAGCAAUGAAGUGGAAGAUCUGGAAAGAGAUGGAAUGUAUAUGAGUGAAAAGUUUAAGUAUCGCAAUCGGUCUACUAAUGAAAAAGGUUCACCUCACUAUGUGGAUUCAGUGGAAGAGUGUCUUCAUUCCAACACAAGUGGUGGUUUUGAUGAGGCGGCGGGCCAUGAUAGAGAUGAUAAUUAUUGUCAAAAUCUUAAACAUUACAAUCAGUCAGUUGAUGGCGGCGAUUAUCACAGCUACAAUGGUGAGGAAAUUGACCGGAGGGAUCCUGAAACAGCUGGUGCAGAGACUGGGAAAAAUCUUCAAGAAGGAUUUUCUAUUCAAAACUGGGUUGAACUGACCUCCAAAGAAUACAAUAUUAGGCGAAUUGAGGACUGGAUCAGCCAAAUUGAUAUUCAGAAUGAUAAUAUUGUGGAAGAACUUGGAGAAUGUUCAAGUUCUGCUUCUAAGGAAGAUCCCCAAAUAGUAGCUGGUGCUGCUGCCAAAAAGCUUGAUGUUAGAAGUAGUCUUGGCAUGGAAGUGGCUUACAAUUACAUCUCAACCUUGAAUGCUGCAUCUUCAUCAGCACAGAUGGCAAAUCUUGGGUUGGUGGCGAUCCCAAUUCUGAGUGCAUUUGUUGGUUUAAGGGUGCUGAAUUUGUCAGGCAAUUCGAUAGUUCGGGUAACCAUAGGAGCUCUUCCAAGAGGUCUUCACAUGCUAAAUCUAUCAAAAAACAACAUCUCAACCAUUGAAGGCCUUCGAGAACUGACACGCCUUCGUGUAUUGGACCUCAGCUACAACAGAAUAUGUAGGAUUGGUCAUGGUCUGGCCUCAUGUUCUUCUUUGAAAGAGUUAUACUUGGCUGGUAACAAGAUCGGUGAUGUUGAAGGCCUCCACCGUCUUCUCAAAUUGAAUGUUCUUGACUUGCGUUCCAAUAAAAUUUCUACUUCCAAAGGUCUUGGUCAACUGGCAGCUAAUUAUGGUUCCUUGCAAGCAAUAAAUUUGGAAGGGAAUCCUGCCCAAAAAAAUGUUGGAGAUGAGCAGCUGAAGAAAUAUUUAUUAAGUCUUCUCCCUCAUCUUGUUUUCUACAACAAGCAGACAAUAAGAGCAAGUGGUGCAAAAGAAAUCUCGGAUCGUCCAACUCGAUCUCUUUCCUCUCAUCAGUUUGAUCGCAGCAUGAGAACAGAACAAAAAAGCUCACGAAGGGGUUCUCUUGUAGCAGCCCUUCACAAGUCAUCAAACCAUGGUCGAUCGGGUCACCCUUCAAAGCUGUCAAAGAGCCGGAAUGGGCACGUACCACCCUUUGGUUUCAAGCCAACCGAUCAUCUCCUCAAUAUUGACAGGAAACUAUCAAGAUUGCAACAUAGUAAUCCCAUACGCCGAAUCCAAAGUGAGGGAGCACUCUGAGUUUCUCUUGCCAGUCAUGCAUGGCUUCAGUGUCAGUGGCUGAUGAUCUGUGUCUUCUCAUGUGUUAUGUGCUGACUAAACGGUAGAACGUUUUGUGGUUUGCUAUUAUUUUAUUGAAUAAUGAUCAGGUUUGUUAUGAUAAACAAUCGUAGCUGGACCAUUAGUCUGAGUCCGUGCUUGCUUUGUCCUUUUAUGGUGUCAUUAUUUUAAUAUGGAAUAAUGAUCAGGUGUUCUCAAUUUUGA